AUGUCGUGGUUUGAACCCAGCCAACAGCCAGACACCACACAGCCACUUGCUCAUCCUCUCCCCAUUGCCCCAGGGAGUGGGGGGGACAGAAUUGGAGGGGUAGAGUUUGAGAUGCUGACAGGAUCUUUACCCUUCCAGGGAAAAGACAGAAAGGAGACAAUGGCACUUAUUCUCAAAGCCAAGCUGGGAAUGCCGCAGUUCUUGAGCAUAGAAGCCCAGAGCCUGCUGCGAGCCCUCUUCAAAAGGAACCCCUCCAACAGAUUAGGUGCUGGAUUCGAUGGAGUGGAAGAAAUUAAACGUCACCCUUUCUUUGUAACUAUUGACUGGAACAAGCUAUACAGGAAAGAAAUCAAGCCGCCUUUCAAGCCUGCAGUGGGACGGCCAGAAGAUACCUUUCAUUUUGAUCCAGAGUUCACAUCUCGGACCCCCACAGAUUCCCCAGGUGUUCCUCCAAGUGCCAAUGCUCAUCAUCUUUUCAGAGGGUUCAGCUUCGUUGCCUCUAACUUGGUGCAGGAGCCUGCACAGCAAGAUGUGCACAAAAUCACUGUUCACCCAAUUGUGCAGCAGUUACAUGGGAACAACAUUCAUUUUACAGAUGGAUAUGAGAUCAAGGAGGACAUAGGAAUUGGCUCCUAUUCAGUGUGCAAGAGAUGUGUUCAUAAAGCUACAGAAACAGAGUUUGCAGUGAAGAUAAUUGAUAAGAGCAAGAGAGACCCCUCUGAAGAAAUUGAGAUCCUCUUGCGAUAUGGACAGCAUCCAAACAUCAUUACUCUUAAAGAUGUCUAUGAUGAUGGGAAAUAUGUGUACUUGGUGAUGGAGCUGAUGCGAGGAGGUGAGCUCCUGGACCGCAUUCUUCGGCAGAAGUGUUUCUCAGAGCGGGAGGCCAGCGCUGUACUGUGCACUAUCACCAGGACUGUGGACUACCUGCACUCUCAGGGC